AUGUGGACAGGUGGGCCCCUGGAGGUGGAGCCCCCAGACCCGGUGGUGGCGGUGUCCCUGGGCGGGUCGCGGCAGCUCACCUGCCGGCUGGCCUGCCCCGGCCACCAGGCCCCCUCGGUGCAGUGGCGGGGCCUGGACACCAGCCUGGGCGCAGUGAGGUCAGAUGCAGGCAGCAGCGUCCUUUCCAUGCACAAUGCCUCCCUGUCUGCGGCAGGCACCCGCGUGUGCGUGGGCUCCUGCGGGAACCUGACCUUCCAGCGGACCGUGCAGGUCCUGGUGUUCGCAUUCCCAGCCCAGCUGACGGCCUCCCCAGUAGCCCUGGUGGCCAAGCAGGACCGGGAGGUAGCCUGCACAGCCCACAAUGUCACACCCAUCAGCCCCGAAGCCCUCUCCUUGUCCCUGCUCCUGGGGGGCCGAGAACUGGAGGGGGUGCAGGCCCUGGGCCGCGAUGUGGAGGAGGAGCCUCAGCAAGGUGAGGACCCGCUGUUCCGAGUGACAGAGCGCUGGCUGCUGCCUGGCCUGGGCACCCCCGCCCCGCCCGCCCUCCACUGCCAAGCAACCAUGAAGCUGCCUGGCCUGGAGCUGAGCCACCAGCACCCCAUUCCAGUUCUGCGUUGGCUGACCUCCCUGGAGCCCCCUGUAAGGACCUCCCUGGAGCCCCCUGUAAGGACCUCCCCGGAGCCCCCUGUAAGGACCUCCCCGGAGGCCGCCCCAGAGCUGAGCUCCACCCACAGCCCCAGGAGUCCUGAGAGCAGCUCCAGCGGGCCCUGUCGACUUGAGAUACACCAGGCACCAGCACCAGGGGGUCUGGAACUACUGUGCGAGGCAGCCUGUGGCCCUGGUCUGUCAGUGAGCUGGACCCAGGCCCCCGGGGGGCUCGAAGCCUACGAGAGGCGGGAGGCUGGGGCCCUGGCUUGGCUGAGAGUGCUGUCGGCCAGGUGCAACCCUGAAGGCUGGUUUCGGUGUCGCCUGGACCCAGGGGGCCAGAUGGCCAGCCUCUACCUGGUCCCUGAAAUCUGUCCGCCGGCAACAUCCGCAGCCCUGUGGACAGGCGGCGUGGUGCUGGGGCUGCUCUUCCUGGCCUUCCUUACCCGUCGACUGUGGAAACGCUGCAGGCCUGCUGGCUGACCACCAAACCCCAGCAGGUUGCUCUGGGCCCCUGCCCCACACAGACUGAGUUGAGGACUGGCAGUGCCCCCUCCUGAAGUGGCCUUCCACUCAGUUGCAGCCAGAGGACAUUUGCAGGGUUCUGGAUCCACAUGGUUGAGAGCUGACCAUGACCUGCUCUCCCUGAUGGUCAGCAUCUGAGUCUCCCCUCAGUGGGACCCCUGGGGACCCACCCCGCAAUGGUCCAGAGCUGGGGAAUAAAGAGCAUGUGGUCUGAC